GCUUUUGUCAGUGGUGCAGAGGGUUUACGAUGGCCGCUUCCUUGGAACAGUGUCUUAAGAGGCUUUUCUUCUUUAUAUUGACAUGCCCUCUCUUUGUUAUAGCCUUUUUGAACUUGGACGAGCUAAAUGAAAUGAAAUAUGGGAUUCAAAUUCUUCCUGACCCCGUAAUGUUGGGGCAGACUAAGACAGAGGAGGUCAUGAUGGUAUCCAACAAGUACAAGCAGCUCUAUGAAUGUCGACUUCCAGCUCAGGCAGUCCGAUUUCACCAGGAUCCUGCUUCCGAACCCGACUCGCAGGGCUACACUGGACCAGACAUCCCUGACCUUCUCAAGCCAAUGCACAAAGCCCCCUGUCUUAUAAAGACAAAGGAUUGGUGGACAUAUGAAUUUUGUCACGGACAACAUAUUAGACAAUAUCACCUUGAAGACUCUGAAAUUAAAGGGGACAUUCUUUUUCUGGGACACUAUGAGUCUGAAUUUGAUUGGAGCAAUGAAACAGCAAAGGCCUCUAAACAGCACAAGCUGAAGCGGUACCACAGCCAGGCUUACGUUAACGGAUCCAAGUGUGACCUAAAUGGAAAUCCUCGAGAGACUGAAGUCAGGUUUGUUUGUGAAGAAGGCUCGAGUGACUACAUCGCCCGAGUGGACGAGCCACAAUCGUGCCGCUAUGUUUUGACUGUUCACACCAGUCGCACCUGCCAACAUCCCUUUCUGCGGCCGCCGUCCUCCUCCAAGCCGCAGGGUAUUGUGUGUCAGCCUGCUCUGAGUGCACAGCAGUACAUGGAUUAUGUGAAAGCUCAAGUCUCGGACACAAAGCGUAAAGUGGAGCAAAUCUCAGAGGAGCUCAAGAGCCUUGAUGAGAUGUUGGCUGGUAAUGAAGUUGCAGAUGGAACAGUGGAAGUAACAGCAGAGGAGACCACAUCUCCCACUAUCAACAACCCAGACACAUCAGUUGGACAGGCGGAUGUGUCUGAAGAUGCAGCAUCAGAAGACGUGGGGGAUGCAGAAUUUUGGGAUGGUGUAACAAAACCGGAAAAAUCGACAGCUUCUCAACAAGAGAAUGAGGUGGUGGAUGAUGACUAUAACUCUCCAGCAGACAACGAAGCCGAAGAAGAAAGAUUCAACUUUAAAAUCAUCACUGACCCAGCAGAUCUGAUUAAGUUUGUUCAACAUCUUAAGGAGAGUAACAGGAAGAAAGCUGAAAACCUGGCGAGAAGUAGAGAAGAGAAACCAACGGGGGACACGCAUCCAGGGAAGCUCAGAGGAGAGGAGAAAGACGAAGAUGAACAGUUACUAGAGGAAUUUGAGGAGGAGAUGGCUGACGUCUCUGUGCCUUCUGAGAAGAUCGAAGAGAUAAAAGAGGAAAUGCAGAAGGAGUUCGAUAACAUCAUUGAUGAGGCACAGCAAGAACUUGAAACAGAGGGUCUAAAGGGGGAGUUCGAUCGCACUCAGGCAACACAGGCUCUUGAGACGACAUUGGAUAAGUUGCUGGAUCAUCUGGAGGAGAAAGAUGUUCAAGAUUCAGAACAGCAGAAGGUCCAAAGAGCCAGUGACCCGAGCCGAGGCAGCCCCAGCCUGGCUCCUAAGCAGCCAGACCAAGCAGCUGACGACCACGUUAAGAUCAAAAUUACUAAGUAUAAGACGGGCAGCAGCCCUGAUGGUGAGGUCAAAGUUCAGGAGAUGGGCGAAGGAGACCCCCAAUGGCAGCACAUAAAGGACGUGGUUAAAGAGCAGCUAGAGAAAGCAGGACUAAAGGCUGAAGGUAAAAUUGAGGUGAAGAUUCUGACGCGAAAAAAUGCGGAGGAGGCAGGGGAUCAGUGGCUGACUGAAGAAGAUACAAAGUCCUUCAGGGAGCUGCUCAUAAGUCUCCUGACUGGAGGCACGGAGGAGGUUUAUAAGGAGCAAAAAAGGCAGCAAGAGCUGGAAAACAACUACAGGUUUGUGUGGGGAGAAAGUCAGGAGGAUACCCAGUCACCCAGCUCAUCGGACUCGGACGAUGUGGACAUUUGAGCUCACAAUGAACAAUCACCGACCUUGUUGUGAUGAACUCCUAUGGAGGCCAGCAAUUGGUGGGACUAGCUAAAAUACAAAGCCUUGUUAAUCUGGUUGAACCUGUAAGUGAUGUCCAACACAGCUGUUUGCACAUUCAGAAAAGGAUUUCACAUGAAGUGGAAAGGCAAUAAGUUGGUGUCUGUAAAAGGCAGCGUCCAGAUGUUGCACAGUGAAAGUACGUUUUAGCUGUAUUUACACAGUUAAAUGAAGUUAUGCAUUUUCCCAUUUUUUGAUGGGAUUGAGUUUAUAAAGGUUGACAAACUCAGCUGAACUCAACAUUUCCAUCGAAUUCUGAAGCUGCAAACAGUUAUGCGCUCUUUAUGCUGCCAUUCCCUCCGCUGUUCUUACCUGUUGUAUCAGAAAACCGUUUGUUUGCCUGAAUAUUUGCCAUGCUAAAAAGUAUACAACAUCAACAAGCAACAUUAAAAACCUGACUUGUAUUGUUCAUCAAAAGACUCCCAGCCAGAUGUGUCUUGAAAAAGUGUCUAAUUCCCCCCCCCCACAUCUCUCCACACAGCUAAAAACUUUGAGUGUUUUAUGGAGUUUUUAUCUGACCGAUCAAUACUAAGAGAUGUAAAUUGUGAAGAAAACUGACUUUAUUUGAGUUCUUUAGUAAUUAAAACAGAAGAUAUAGUUUACAUCUUUAUGCAGCUUCUUGGGUUUUAACAUCGUACCAGCAUCAAACACUAGAUUAAAAGAAAGGGGAUGAGAAUAGUGAUUUUCAAAUAGCUCCUCUCUUCCCAUUAACUCUCCCAGCAUGAAGCUGCCAUAACCCUGUUAAACUACCAAUUAGGGGACUUAUGAUGAGGAUGAUUGCAGAAAAGUAAACACUUUUCAGAUACUUAUUUGUAAAACUAAUUUGAAUUACCAGUCUCAUUUUACUGCUGCUCCCAGCUUGGUGUUGAUCUGUCAAUUAGAAUUCCAAUAGAACACCUUCAUGUCGUUAUAACAUGGCAGAACAUGAAACUGUUUAGCAGGCACUUUAUCUGUGCACAAGCCGCUGCAGCAACCAAAUAUGUUUUUUUUUUUCUUCUGCCAAACAGACACUGUUAAAGGAGCCAUUGCAGUGCAGCAAGAUUUUCAAGCAUUUGUUUUUGUCAGACAAAAAAAGUUUAAUUUAUCUUUAUAAAGCAAAGGAAAAGCCACUAUUCCUUGUAAGAUUUAGCUCGUGAAAUGAAUGAAUUCAGAUGUGGAUUUAAAGGGCUGAAUUUGCAUAGUUUGAAUAAUUGUGCUUCUGGGAACUCUGUACAUAAUUGUUGUCAAAAUAUUUUGAAUGUUUUGCUGGUAUUGGCACAUCUUAAGUGGUGAUGGACUACUUCAGUAAAUGUGUUUACCGGUUUACACUGUGUGCUUUUAUUAUCUAACGAAAAAAAAUUCUUUCUUAGGGUUGGGCAUUAAAGUAAUUAGACGGUGAAGUCAUUCAGGUAAAGUUAUUUCAUUACCAACGUCACUAAAUCAAUGAAGAUCAUAGAUCAAACUUUGGCUUUGGCUAACGUAGAGCUAAAAUAGUUUGCAUACUGUCAAGUAAAUGUGGUCAUAAAGCCCAUUAAAAUAAGGUAAAUUUAAACAAUUCUUUUUAAAACAUUUGAACAAACUGCUUUUGGUUUUUACUUGCACCUUCAUUUCCUACUGUGAUUUAGUUGUAGUUUCCUUUCCAUAGUGAUUUGCUUGUAUGGAAAAAACCUCUCAGCCUUAUCAGGACGAAAAUACCUUUGAAGCAGGA